AUGGCGGAUAUAACGGCAGUAUUAUUUUUAUCCUUGGCAAUGUUCGUAGGUUGCUAUUUGGCAGGCCUUAUUCCUCUGUCAAUGAAUCUAUCUGAGAAAUCACUGAAAAUUACGUCAUGCUUGGGUGCUGGGAUGCUCGUGGGCACAGCUUUGGCAGUUAUCAUACCAGAAGGUAUUGAGGCCAUCUAUUCCAUCAAUCAAAGACCUUGCCCUAUUCCACGUCAGCUAGUAAAAGGUACACAGAUACAGAACAUUACCUACUCAUCUUCUACUGGUGCAGCUACCAUGGCAAAACAUUCACAUAGUCAUGGGAAUGACGUGCAUUCUUUAGUUGGUAUUGCGUUAUGUUUCGGCUUUGUUGUAAUGUUACUUGUUGAUUACUUAAGUGGUUUGGCUUUUCAUAACCAAGAUCCAGAAGGUGGAAAUAGAGUUGGAAGGGCUGGAAUAACCGCCACAAUUGGUUUAAUUGUCCAUGCUGCUGCUGAUGGUGUAGCUCUAGGUGCUGCAGCAGCAACGUCUAGAUCUGAUGUCGAGACCAUCGUUUUUAUCGCUAUUAUGUUACACAAGGCACCUGCUGCUUUUGGUUUGUGCUCAUUUCUAUUGCAUGAAGGUUGCAAUCGUUACAGUAUCAGAAAGCAAUUAUUAGCAUUUUCACUAGCCGCUCCCGUAAUGGCAAUCGCGACAUUUUAUAUCCUUACCAAGACCGGCCAAAGUUCUUCCACAAUGGAAGGAACUGGACUUGCAAUGCUCUUUUCGGCUGGGACGUUCUUAUACGUAGCUACUGUUCACGUCUUACCAGAAGAUAAUUCGAACAAUUCUAACCAUGGUCCGCAUAUGAGUAAGCUAUCAAAACUGGAAAUAACUGUAAUGGUCUUAGGAACUUUCCUUCCAAUACUCUUAUCCUUAAAUCAUCAUCACUAA